AUGGAAUCAACUGAUAAACUAUUCCCUUUGACAUCUAAUCAAUAAAGAGAGUAGUAUGACGAAAAUGUGCAUGGCAUAAGACUAUUGAAUUACAACACAUCUAAAGUGAUAAAUUAACACAAAAAUCCACUUAUUAAAAAUAAGGGUCAUCACAUAAACAGGAGGCAGAGAAAGCUUAGUAGCGUUCACAAGGCGAUUAUAGAACAAAAUAACUCUUUUAAUAAAAACAACAGCAUGACAAAAAAGCUUUCUAAAGAAUUAAAAUAAGGCUCAAGUGUCAAUAUGGAAAAAUCAAAAGAUAACAGUGAAACUAAUCAAGUGAUUCACUAAACUCCACAAAAAGUGGUGAUUUUCAACUAGUUUAAGAAAUUCACUCAAAAAGAAGAGGAUGAGAAGCUAUACCAACCGAGAGCAGGCAAUAAUUAAGGAUUAAGUGAUUUGGAAAACAAAAAAGAUAAAAUUCCAAGGCCAAGUAUUUUACAAAUAAUUUCGGACUAAAAGUCUCCUGAGUCCUCUAUUACCCCUAAAAUGGAUAAAUCUCAUUCACCAUAAGAACAGUAAGAUCCUAUCUAAAAAAGAGAUAAUAAGCUAAAGUUGGCAAAGCAACAAGCUGGCAAUCCAUUUUUUGUACAAACAAACUUUAAUCACAACAAUGUAAAUCUAUCCAAGAAUUAAGUAUCUUAAGUUAAGAAAAAGGGGAGGAGAAAUUUAGCUUAAAGAGACAGAGAGGCUUCUUAAGCUAUUACAAGUACAAAUUAGCUUGCAAAUCAAGCAAGACUUAAACUUCAUCAGUAGUCUUCUGAUACUAAAUAAGAUGCAAUUUUGAAUAAACAAAAGAAAGGGCAGGGAAUCGCUAACCUGAAUAGCAGUAGAGAUUCUGGAUAAUAGUUAGAUCGAGGAUCAGAUAGAUCUAUGGAUUCAAGAAAAUCUUGUCUCAUGAAUAAUGAGCGCAAAAGUUCAAGAAAAUAGCUCCUAGAUGGUAUUAGAGUCAGAUUCGAUGGUUAAGUAGGAGAGUAUAGUGAAGUUGAGGAACAAGAUAAACUAGAGAAAAAUAAGCAAAAAUAUUAGGGUGGUGGAACUAAGCCAACACCCAUAUAAGAUAUUUAAAUCCAUAUCACCUUCAAAAGAAUGACUAAGACUUUAAACAUAAAGGCAUAAGAUCCCUUACAGUAGUGGAGCUAUAACAAGUAUUUUUUCUCAGACCCUGAUGAAAAAUCAAAAUAUCUUACUGAAAUUGAGUUUUGUAAGGCUCAUUCAAAGUCGUUUAAGGGACAGUUUGGGUUUGAAAAGAAAAAAUUGCAACUAAUUUAGCUCUAACUUCUUAAAAAUGGAAAGUAAGUUAAGUAACUAUUUAAAUUUGACAGGCAAUAGCAGAUGGAGACUAUCGUAUUUGAUCUUGAAAGAACUCUACUUUAAGUAUUUUUCAAGGGUCAAAUGAAUGAUUAUGAUGAAUUCACUUAUGUAAAUAUCUUUGGAAACAGCAAAGUUAAGCUGUUCCUUAAUUAUCGUCCAUUUUUAAGAGAAAUGCUAAUGGACUUGAAGCAAGACUUUGAAGUAAUAUUAUUUGGCUCAAACUAUCAAUACUUCGAUAAGAUAGUUGAGACUUUGACAAAGGACGGUGAAUAACUAUUUGAUUAUGUGAUUAAAAAGGACAUGUUGUUCUAUACAAAGAAUAUUGAUUACUAUAUUCUAGACUUGAAUAUUUUAACAGGUUCCAGAGAGCUUAAGGAUAUUAUCGUUGUAUCAUACACUUGUGGUAGAAAUUUAUUGCACUACUCGAAUGGCGUACCUGUGAAAGAAUAUCAAGGAAACAAAAAAGACCUCUCAUUGUAUUCACUAACUAAGUACUUGAGAAGCUUCAAAGAUGAAAAAGAUGUGAGAACUAAAAUUUGUAGUGAUUUUGGAAUAUGA